AUGGAUUUAAGUUCACGAAUAUUAUCUUCAAGAGUCGGCCAAAGACCCGUUACGAGUCGGCCAAUGACGGGCAGCACUCGACCACUCACUUCUACGGGACUAAUGGCACCGAAAUCAUCGAGAGGUAAAUCAAGUCUUAGACGUCAGGUUCAGGACAAAAGCUAUUAUAUAAGUUUAUUGAGGUCUAAGAUCAGUGAAUUGAGUGCAGAAAUGGCUUCACUUAGCAAAGACUGUGAUUCUAUGACUAACGAAGAAUCACGUAUUGGUGUCUAUCAUCGAAAGGCAGAAACAUUGGCCAAAGAGUUGGCGGAAAUGUCACAUGAAUUAGGAAUUUAUAACGAAUUCAAUGAUAGGCUCAGACUUAAAGAAGACGAAAAUGAAAUCAAAGAAGAUAUAAAAGCAUUGAAAUUGCAGAACGAAGAGUACACCGAAAGACUUGAAUUAAGUUAUGAAAAAAAGAAAAAGAAAGAAGAAUUGAUUGUUAAUUAUGAAAAUGAAUUGAAACAAAUUCAAAAUAAUUGGAUUAAUCUGAAGAGACAAUUCACUCCUGAAGAUAAUAAGACAUUUGAAACGCUAGAAAAAUCCAAUGAGAAAUUAGGUCUUCAUUGCGAACAAUUGGAGUCUGAGAUCAAUGUCUGGAAAGACAAGAAAAACAAAAUUGAAGUCAAUUCUCUAAAUAGCAAUUCAUUGAUUCGUCGAGAGAUACUCCAAUCAAUGGCCAAAGUUAGGGAACUGGAGAAACAACGCAAUCAUUUGGUCGCCGAAAACACCAAUUCUGGCGACGAAAGGGGACGCCUUUUGGCUCAAGUGAAGAGAGAUAAUAAUGAGAUAUCAGUUAUGGAGUCGAAAAUUGCAGCCAUUAAAGAGCAAAUACAAGACAUCAAUAGUGAACUGCAGACAUAUGAAGACGUUGGCGCAACUCUUAAGUAUAAAGAACUCAAGAAAAAAGAGGAAACAAUUGAUCAGUUUUUGAACGAUUUUGGAGAAAAUAAAAAUGAAGAAUUGAACAAAAUUGAGAAUAUGGGCGAUGAGAUCAAUGAAGUGACCGGAAGAUUGUCGCGAUGUUUAGUCCAUAUCGACAAUCUCAGCGGUAAUACAAAAGAAAGGGAAACCAAUGACGGAGAAAGGAGUCGACCGGUCAGUGGAAAGCAGUCCAUAGAGUCGUUAAGAGAUGAACGACGAAAACUAGAACUGGAUUUCAAUAAGAUUGAACAGUUAGAGUCAAAGAUUGGAUCAGAAAUGGAUUCAUUGCGCUCUAAGAUCAAGAGUCUGGAGACAGAUAUCGAAAAAUACUCGGAUAUACCGAAAUUAAAAGCGGAAAUCGAAGAGAAACUGUCGAGACUUGAAAAGGAAAAACAAGAGUCAAACUCCAAGUCAUCCGAUUUGGAGACGACUAAUGAAAUGCUAAAGACACGGUUGGAUUCACUGGAAACCAGUAUCGAUAACAACGAUAUCAAUAAAAAACUACAAAUCCUGGAGAAUAAACUCCAGGAUAUCUUAUCGAUCAAUGAGUCAAUCAAGUUGUCCAUUGAUAUCACCGCCAAUACUAACAUUAAGGCACAGGUUUUCGAUGAUAUCAAAAAAUAUAAUCAAAAACUGUUGGGAUAUUAG